AUGCAUUUACUACCAUUUUUGUUCAGUAUAUCGUCGUAUGUCAGUCAAGGUACGAAACUGUUCACAACGUCAGUAGUACUGGUCACCAGGCAGGUGGCGCUUGCAUCUGCUAAUGAAAUUGAUAGAUUGCCCAAGGACCACUUCAGGGCCGAGGCUCGAGUGAUCAUUGGAAGAAACUGCAGAGGAGAGAGUCCUUAUAUCCACAUACGAGAGUACACCUAUCAUUCGGAUUUCUUCAAAGACAAGGCCAAUGCACUAGCUAUGAUCCAGCUUGAAACUGAUUACAUCUCCUUUAAACUGCAACCUAUAUGUGGGCCACCGCUAAAUUUUGAGAACGAGACUUUCUACGCGAUGCUGAUAGGUGAUGAUUGCAGAAAAGGUGAAGUUUGGGUAUACAAAAUGAAGUACGUACCAUUUGACCAAUGCAAGAGCUACUACAGACGGACAGGGCUGGAUUUUGACACGCUAUGGCCGUCACACACGACAUGUGCCCAGAGUGUGACAGGAGGUGAAUGCGUGUGGCGUAGUGGUGCCCUACUCGUCACCAAAGUGGAUAAUAGGUGGAGACUGUUGGGUUUCGGAGUGUAUGGCCCUGGUUGUCAGGCCCCGGCCAGGUUCAUAGAUUACGGCAUGUACCACAAGUGGGUGAAAAAGUCAUUCGAGGAUAUUGGGAAGCCUUCUAUCUCCACGGUUGCCGAGAAUCACCUCGUCAUGCGAAGAACUUUCUCCAAGAUCCAAAGACUUGGUGCAUGUGACAGUGAAGAGAAACUGUUUGAAAUAUUCAGUGAUGAAACAGAAAUGGAGGACAAAAAGGCAGGAACUUAUAGAUAUAACUUGACGCUCGUUGCGGGCAUGGAGUACUCGUGCAUGGAAAUCAAAGCAAACUAUAUAGCCCGUGAGAAAGAUAGCAAACCUAGAGUAUCGAUUCGAAAGUGGUGCCUAGGAGAUGAACAAAAGUCAGUGUGCCACAGCGGAACACAGUUCGUUGAAAUCGGUUUUUUUGUGGAAAUAACUUUCGUAUACGGUUUUUUAUUUCGAUUGAAUGCGUAUGGAGAGCAAAUAAAAGUCAUAGAUUCAUUGCUUGCUCAUAAAUACAGGAAUACCAAAACACAUUUCCCUAAAAGACCGAAAACAAGAAAUUUGUGGGCGCUUCUUAAACGCGUGAAGACCAGCAACUUGUAUUUUCGCAGGCCGAGUUAUUACUUUAAAGUAGACCAUUCGUUUUGGAAGGAAGGUCGUGGCAAGAAGUUACUGGUGGAAUACCCAAGACCGCUCAACCGGAAUUAUUUUUCGACUACUACUCCCAAAACGAAACCUUAA